GGCGUCCACGUUGGAUGGCUGUCCUGCGACUACGUCGUCUUGGGAGAAGGUGAUGGUCUUCGAAGGUUUGAGGUGCUUGUGGUCAGACUCUCCCGGCAGGCGGGAUCUUGACGCGGCCUUUGCUGAGGAGAUGCUCUGGAUUUCAAGUGGCAUGCAAAAAGACAACGUUAACGGAAUGCCAUGGAUGAUGGGUUUCACUGGGGUGGGUACUUCUCUUGGGGGGACUCUUCUUUGCUUCCUUUUCCUCUGCACAGUUAUCUCCGUCGCCUUUUCCCAUUCCGCGACCAUUCUAUCGCCGUCCCCGAGCAGCACGGUCGCCUUGCGUGAACUGGCAUGGCUUGCUUUCUUUCUGCUUCUUGCCUAA